AUGAUGUUGUGUGUGGAUCAUUGUGCGGGAAGAUUAACACGACCCCUGGAGGAGCUUGGGAGCACGUGUAAGCAAAGUGUGGACAGCAGUAGCGCGGAGGUGGAGCAGGCAGCUGUGCAGCUCGUGUCCAGUCUACCAGAGGAAACAUUGUGCAAGGUUCUAGCCAAUCGUGAGCGGGUUCGCGAUUGGAUUCACGACUUCUUCUCGAGCCUCCCCAAGCUGUGCGACGACCCCAGCAACAUCGUCGCCGCCGCCGCUUUCUCGGCGAUCGAAGCACUGCUUCGGGAACACCCGUUGUGUGAAACGGCAGUGGACAAGGAAGUGCGGGGGUUCUGGGGUCUAGAGAGCGACGUCCAACCGGAAGGGAAGGGGGGAGUGAAGGAAGGCCGAGGAAGCAGAGGAACCCCCGGUGGCAUGUUUGGCGGACACAAGCAGGCGUUUCCGCUGCAGCACGUUGGCGAGAUCGUCCUCCGCUCCGCGCUCCCUCGGAUCCGGCGAUUGCUCCAUCGCCAGUCGCGGAUGGUGGUGGACGGGGAGCCUCAAACGGCGGCCCCGGCCAUGAGAGCGUGCGCCUCUGUCAUGGUCGCAGCUCUUCGUCUCUCCACGAGCCCUUCGGGGAAGCCGAUCGAAAACCCCCUGCUGCAAAACCCUACCUCGGUGGACUUCCUCGGCGUCAAGAAGAGUGCUCUCGGUAGCGGUCCCAGCGGCAACGACGCUGGCGCCGAAGGCUCGACGGGGAAGGAAGAGGAGAAGGACCUGGACGCCACCUUGCCGCCCAAGGAUCUUGCAGAGGAGUGGCUUCGCGCACGUCUGGGGGGCAUCCUGGAGGGGGGGAGGGGCGGAGACGCGCUGCUGGUGGAGACAGCGGCAUGGGCGACGCUGAGGGUGCUGCAUACGGUGGCGAUGGGGCCGCUGAGGGUGUCGUUCGCGCCGAGGGUCGCGGAGGCGUUUCUCAGGGUCCUCGUGGCCGGGAAGGCCGCCACACCGAAACACUUGUGGCCAUCGCUACACGCCGGGCACCAGGAGGUGGCCGCGGGCGCGGCGCUUGCCCUCCGACUGGCGUCCCCCUCCGCGACGGCGGCGCUCGCGCCGCACGUGCUAGCGGCCGCGGAGCGAGUGCCUCAGCCCAGGCAACGACUAGCCCUGCUGGCCGACGUGUUCUUCCUCCUGCUGGUUCGCCCGGGUAGGAACGGACGCGCCCCUUGCGUCGGUGGUGGUAGCGGUAGCGGCGGCGGCGAGAGGAAUGAUGACCGGCAAGGAGGGGAAGGGGGCACCGGGAGCAGCCGGACAGGCGCACCGAGAGAGGGGCCGAAAAUGCUGGCUUCGGUGCUUGAUGAAGAGUGGUUUGAGCAGCUGGUGUCGGAUUCACCCGGCAGGAGUGCGAGACGGCUGCUGUUCAGGGAGGAGGCUGUCGCGGUCCUUGUGACGACUUGCGCACAGGUUCUUGCAGCUGGAGUCGUCGCAGCUCUGUCUCCCGCCGCCGAGAAGGCUGCCGCCGUGGGCAUUGGCAACCUCGCACGAUCUUGCGACAGCAGAUGCCGGGCAACCGCAGCACGGUCGGAUACAAGCGAAGGACACAAGAACGGCUCCUCCGUUGGAAACGGGAACGCUAAUUUCGCUGCAAGUGUGUCGGCGGCGGCGGCAGCGAGGGCAGCGGCGGCGGCCAAGAAAGGGCGCUGGUCCGACCUGGAGACGUGGCUGGACUGCUCCCUAACGGCGCUCGAGGCUUUCACGCGGUGCGUCAACUGGAACUCGAAGACGGGGUACGUCGGCGGCCUCGCUUACGUGCGGCUCUUGUCUCUCGUCCUUCGGUUGCUGUGCCCGUUGACGGCCGCGCCGGCAGACAGCGGGGACGACAGGGAUUCCGCCAGCACCGCCGAUAGAGUUUUGUUGGGGGGUCGAUCCUACGGUGGCGACGGCAAAGGGGGGGUUGACGUAGGCGUAGCGCUUGACGACGACAGCACGGCCGGGGGGGGGCGGGGUAGGUUGGCGUGGGCCCGACAGAGGCUCGCUCACGUGGUGGACGACUUGAUGUGGAGGCUGCGGGAAGGGCUCCCAGGCAGGGACAUACGCCUACGUCUGCUGCAGGCAACUUGCACACAUGUGGGGCUAUCAGCAGUGGUCAGCGGAGAUGUCGGGGUGACCGAGGAUUCGGCGAACGAGCUAGUAUCUGUGCUCCAGGGUGAGCUGGGUGAGCUCGACGCGCAAGCCGGCUUCAGCACGCAGCCGCGUCCUGCUCGGGCGGCAACGAGUGGUGGCGAUGAACCCGGCGACGGCGAUGACGGUCACAGAGGAACAGACGCCCACGCGGGCCGCGGAGGAGGCUCCAGCGGCUCGCCGGCGGCGGGCGGCGGCGGCGGCGGCGGUGGCGGCGCUGCAGCCCCUCAGGGACAGGGGGGUGAUGACGGAGGCGCAGGGCGAGAAGCAGGUGGCGGUGGGCAGUGGGAAUCGAUUUCGUCCAUCUCUGGGCGGACAGGGAGCUUGACGGAUGUCAUGGCGCACGAGCUCGUGAUCGGCUGCCUCGUGAGGCUGGCGCUGGUGACGGAGGGAGAGACCGCCCACGAGGUCAUGUCUGUGUUGGAACACGAGCGGGGCAGGGCGCGCGCGAGGGAGAGGCUGGGUCGCGGGGCCGUCGGGCCCAUGGAGGAGAUUGUCGCGAAGGGUAUUCGAGCUCUCCAGUUGCUCGUCUUCCCAUCUACAAGCCCCAAGGUCGCAGAUGGUAGCCCGGAAGCGGUGCUGCUCAAGAGACUUGUGAGGACGAUGGACCUUGGAUGGCAUGCAGUCGUGCAACCCGACGAACGCGCUCUCACUGGCAGCAGCGCGGAGUUGUUCGACCACGAGGUGCAUGCCUUCCCCAACCUUCACCGCCGUCUUCGGAGGCUCCUUUGCGGAGGGAUCGGUGUCGAUACCGCGAGUACCGAUGAAAGACCUAGCACUGGCAGUGGCGAUUUUCCUGGAGACCUGGAGGCGGGAGCAGCGGCGGUGAUCACGCCGUUCGAAGCUCACGCCUGGGAGGAAGAAGCACCGCAAGCUCAGCUGAACGGCGGAAGCGACCCCGUCGUCGUGACCGCCUCUCACAUCGUCUAUCACGGUGACAGCGGUACCGGCGGCGGCGCUUGUGGCGCGACGGGGGGAGGGGGAAGGGCCCUCGGUCCCACGACACUGGCGGCGCUCGCGUUCGCUGGUGUAGAUGGGGAUGCCGCUUCGCCUGGGACCAUUCCUGGGCUUGUCGGAAAGGUUGCGAGCCGUGCCGUGACGCUUCGGAUUAGGGUCUUCAACGCGACGAACACCAGGCUACACGGGUUUUCCAUUCGGCUUAGCUUUGGGCAGGGCGGGGAGGCGGUGGGGAUGGGAGGGGGUGGGCGGGUGGAAAGCGCCGUCCAGGAGGUACUGAUGCCGUCUGCAGCUCAUACGCUAGAAGUACCGGUAACGCCACUGGACGUCCUGACAGACGUGAUCGUUCACGUCAGUGUUGUCUUCCCAGAUACGGAGCCUGAAUCGGAGUUUGAGUCAGAGGGAACCGCCGAGCUCCUCGGAGUUGAAAGUACGGAAAAGGGUAGAGGGGGCGAUAGCGGUGGUGGCGGCAGCAACGCGCUAUCGGGCUUUGGGCAAAACCAACCAAGCUUCGAUGGCGGUGCCGGUGACACAGGAGUGGACGGCGGCGGCAGCGGCUCGGUAACCGUGAUCCUGCAAGCCGGGAGUUAUCGCGUACCCGCGGAGGCAUUCUUGGGUCCUCCGGAGCGAGCCGCUGCCACUUGGGUUGGGUUUCAGAACGUUUGGUGCGGGUUGGCGUACGUCACGGCGAUUCCUGUGGAAUCUGCACGUCAUCUGCCGCGUGCGAUAACGGCGGCGGCAGGCCACGAACACGCGGCAAUGUCUUUGCGGACGGCGAGCGGGGUACGGCUCGCAAUGAUGCCGGUAUCAAGUAGAGGAGGAGGCGGUAGAGGCUGUGAUGAUGCGCGGUCGGCGGCGGCUGUGGAGUGCCCCGUCGGAAACACGGACUACGCGGUGUCGAGCGCGUGGGUGUUCCAGGCCUGGGACGGCACGCCAGUUCUCUGCGCCCUCACCGUGAUGAAGGCGCCCUUCUCCUUGCUCCAAGCAAGCGGCGGUGGGGGCAAGGGUAGAGGUGGGGGCGGGGAACAACCCUCCUGGUACGGCCGUCUUGAGAGGGCGGGAGUCUUCGCAACUGAUGCGGCUAACUUUAAGCCGCUAGCGCGAGUGCUGCGGGACCAGCAACGCGUGGAUACCACGCAGCCGGCGACCGCGCAGCCAGAAAGGGCCUAGUCGCACGCCGGAGGCGCCGGAGUUUUUUCCGGUUGGGUCACCCUGGAGGCGGGGCAUUCUCUUCUCCAAUGGCUGUUCGCUUUGCCGUUUCGAUAGCAACUUGUCAGGGGUUCCCGCCGCACUUGUUAUUGUUGAUAGAAAGGAGCAAGAAUUGUAAAAGGUAUCUGCUAUUAGAAUGGUUGGAGCCCGAAAUUUCAGGGAGGGCAUGCAUGGUGGUCGCGUCUGAGGGUGUUGGGAGGCGGGUGCAAUGCGCUCAGUGGUAGAUGCGCCUUGACGGCCAGUAUCAUCGGGUGUCUUCGCUGAAACUUGAUCGUGGCACUUAUCCUUCCUGGAAAACCUUCAGUUCGCAGAUGAUCGGGCCAUUAGUCUUGUUAUUUUACGCAAUAGUCUAGUUGUGUCUUGGUCCCGACAUGUUGUACUUUACUUCUCCGCUUCCGUUUUAGAAAUUUGUAGCACUGCUGUCCAUGGCGAAAGGCCAUCAGUAGCUCGUCAUUUCGAGAUCACUCGUUUUUCAUAGAUAUGAAUCACUAUUUUGGUCGAGUUUUUUGUUCGUAUGAUUGUCCGGCAAAUCCUCUUGAGGGUGAAUGAAACUUUGCGGAAUCCAACUUUGUUUUUGUAUCGGUCCAUGUUGUCCAUCCAGUUGUAGCACCGAGCGUAGCACCAACCAGCCUCAAAGUGCUUGGUAAUGGUGCUCGGGAAUGGGGUAAAUUAAAGAAUCCGAAUGGGUUAAAAGACUGCCCGCGGCCUU